ACUGCCCUUUUGAUUGCUCUUCUUUCCUUCCUGCUGCUGGCUGCUGCUGUUGGAGAAGUAGCAGUACCAAGUACCAACCCCCCUCUUUCUCUAUCUAUCUCCUUCCUCUUCCGUUUCUGAACCAACUUGGAACUCUCUCUCCUCCGCUUUGGCUCCUUCCCUUUUUUGUUCGCGACCAAGGCUGGUUUGAGCGUCGUCCUGAUCCACGUCAACUCUUGAGCGCCGCAUAUAGAGACAGAGUGAUCGUCUUCUUCCUUUCCUAUCAGGAUAUUCGCUCUUGCUGUGGUCCAAAGAAGAGCAGAGAACUUGCAGAGCUUCUCAUCAAUCGAUCUCUGCACUCUUUAAUUCCCCCUGUGCCUUCUUCUUCUUCUUCUUCUUCUUCUUCUUCUUCUUCUUCUUCUUCUUCUGGGUGUUGUUGGUGGCAUAUAUAGAAGAGUGGGAAUAAAGGCUGUUUCUAAUGGGUAACUGCUGGUUUGGGGGGAGCUCCUACAUUAACAGAGUCUCCUCGACUGUGAAGUCAGAGACUCCAAAGAUCCAGAGCCCAUCGGAGAGGGACCGGAGCGGGGAGAGCAAGCUGCCGUCGAACGCGAGGGAGGUGGAGGCCAUGCGGCUGGACUCGGCGGCGCGGAACCCGCUAACGGCCUUCUCCUUCGAUGAGCUCAGGAAGGUAACCGACGGGUUCCGGCGGGACUCGCUGAUCGGCGGCGGUGGCUUCGGCAGGGUGUACAAGGGUGCCGUCGUCGCGGCCACGGGCGAGCGCCUGCAGGUCGCCGUCAAGGUGCACGACGGGGACAACAGCUUCCAGGGCCACAGGGAGUGGCUGGCGGAGGUGAUCUUCUUGGGGCACCUGUCGCACCCGAACCUGGUGAAGCUGGUAGGGUACUGCUGCGAGGGCGACCACCGGGUGCUCGUCUACGAGUACAUGCCGCUCGGCAGCGUCGAGUCGCACCUCUUCUCCCGGGUGAUGGCGCCGCUGCCGUGGGCGACGCGGAUGAAGAUCGCGCUGGGCGCGGCCCGUGGGCUGGCGUUCCUCCACGAGGCCGAGAAGCCCGUCAUCUACCGGGACUUCAAGACCUCCAACAUCCUCCUGGACGCCGACUUCAACGCCAAGCUCUCCGACUUCGGCCUCGCCAAGGACGGGCCCGUCGGGGACAAGUCCCACGUCUCCACGCGCAUCAUGGGCACCUACGGCUACGCCGCUCCGGAGUACAUCCUCACAGGACACCUGACGGCGAUGAGCGACGUGUACAGCUACGGGGUGGUGCUGCUGGAGCUGCUGACGGGCCGCAAGUCGCUGGACAAGUCCCGGCCCGUGCGCGAGCAGACGCUGGCGGACUGGGCGCUGCCGAUGCUGACGCACAAGAAGAAGGUGAUGGGGAUCGUGGACCCGAGGAUGGGAGCAGACCAGGAUUGCCCCGCCAGGUCCGUGCAGAAGGCCGCCAUGCUCGCAUACCACUGCCUCAGCAGCAACCCCAAGGCGCGGCCGCUCAUGCGAGACAUCGUCGCCUCCCUCGAGCCGCUGCAGCACCCACCGCUCGUCGCCGCUGCUGUUUCUGCCGACGUCGACUCGCUCUCCGCCUGACUGAUCGACCCUGUAGGAUCGGAUCGGCUCUGACGAUUGUGUGUGGACGCAAGCUGGAGUUCAUGUGCAAAUAUGUGAUAAUUGGCGUAGUGUAGCAGGCAGGUAUAGCGUUCUUGGUCUUGUCAUUGACUGUCCGGGUUGUGGGUCUCUGCUUGCUUGGUUCACUCAUGAAAGAUUGAUCCCCGUAAACAGACAGACCUGUAGAAAGUAAAGUAAAACGAUUUUGAUAUUGAGAAGUUACAUGUUUUUUAGUUGAAAA